UAGUCAGUAUUCAAAUAGAACAUAUUCUCUUUCUCAGCAAAAUACAGCCACCGCCCUAGAACUUGAAGAUACAACAAUGACGACGACCAAGCCCACAACCCCGUGGGCCGACACACCCUUCGCCCUGCUCAAAAUCCCCGGCACCCCAGGCGCGCCCACAUGCUCAAACGCCGGCGUGCUGGAGGUAUGCAUAGAAAUGGCAAACGUCCACAACCUGCUGCUCCGUGGAUUGAACUCCAUCUACAACCAAGCUCCCUUUGUCCGCCUCCCCGCCGACAUAUCGGACCUCAUGCUGUACACGACCGCAUGGGCCGAUACCAUCCACCAUCACCACUCAGCCGAGGAAACGCUCUUCUUCCCGCGGAUCGAGGCGCUGGCCAAGGCAGCGGGCCAGCCGUGCGAUAUGGCGGGGAACGUGGCGCAGCACCAGGGCUUUGAGGGUGGCAUGGCGGAGAUGGUGCGGUGGGCUAAGAGGGUGGCGGGUGGAGAGGUCGAGUAUGAUGCCGAGGUGCUCAAGGGCCUGAUUGAUGGGUUUGCGCCGUUGCUGACGCAGCAUUUGCACGAUGAGAUUGAUACGUUGGUGGGGUUGGAGAAGUGCGAUGGGGAGGGGGUUAAGAAGGCGAUGAAGGAGACGGCUGAUGAGGGGGGGAGGACGGCGGAUCCGAACCUCGUCAUACCGUUGGUCAUGGGUUGUCUGGAUAAGAAUUAUCCGGGCAGUGCUGACUUCCCUCCUCUACCGUUCUUCGUGCCUUGGCUGAAUGCAUACUGGUUUUCGAGGAAGCAUGAUGGAUGUUGGAGGUUCAAUCCGAGUGAUCACUGGGGAAGGCCACGGCCGUUGCAUUUUUUGCAGUGAUGGAAGAUGGGUGUUUGAGAUGGUUGCAUGGGUAAUGGAUAUACAUAUUACGUCUAUAUGGGCUUACAGUAGAUUUUUGUUGAACCGAGCUAUUGACUGCUGCUUUGACACCUAUGUUACUGGAGAUAAAGCUGGCUUUGACCUUGUGAACAUUUGCUUCCAGCAUAAUUGUAUGGUCUCAAGGCAGGUGGGGGCAAGUCGGUGGCAUGUCGAUCAAAUUUAUAUCUGAGCCCUAUGAAAUGAUGGAUCAGCUGGUUCUCGGAU